UGUCCCAUUGAAAAGGCGGCCGCACUCCAGCCGCCCAGCACUCUCUCACUUCUGGCCAGGGAACGUGGAAGGCGCAGCGACGGGGAGCCGGCCAAGGAGGGCGAGUGAAAGAAGGAAAUAAGAAAGAAAGGGGGUUAACAAAAUAAUACAAACAGCCCGAGCCGCGGCUGGAGAGACCGAGACCCGGCGCAAGAGAGCGCAGCCCUAAGGGGAGAGGAACAGAAGACUCAGCAGAGCGCGCUCACCACCGACUUUUGCUUCUUCUGCUGGUUUUUUUUUUUUUUUUAAACAAGAAGGCGCUAGCGGCAGCCUCACACGCGAGCGCCACGCGAGGCUCCCGAAGCCAACCUGCGAAGGGAGGAGGGGAGGGGGGAGGAGGAGAAGCAGUUGCACCUUCCUUGCUCCCACCCUAAGAAGUCUCCCGGGGAUUUUGUAUUUUUGUAACUUCUCCCCGGGCUCCCUCUUCAUCUCUCCCCUUCUCUCCCUCUCUGUUCGUGGCCCCCCGGUCCUGUCUGUGUCCCCCCAGCGCGCGCCCCGCACCUCGCGUCCCCGGAUCGCUCCGAUCCCGCGACUCCUCGCCGGCCGCUGCGCAUGGAGAGCUCUGCCAAGAUGGAGAGCGGCGGCGCAGGCCCGCAGCCCUUCCUGCCGCCCGCAGCCUGCUUCUUUGCCACGGCCGCGGCGGCGGCUGCGGCGGCAGCGGCGGCGCAGAGCGCGCAGCAGCAGCCGCCGCCGCAGCCGCAGGCGCCUCAGCUGAGCCCCGCGGCCGACGGCCAGCCCUCAGGGGGCGGUCACAAGUCAGCGCCCAAGCAAGUCAAGCGACAGCGCUCGUCCUCGCCCGAACUGAUGCGCUGCAAACGCCGGCUCAACUUCAGCGGCUUCGGCUACAGCCUGCCGCAGCAGCAGCCGGCCGCCGUGGCGCGCCGCAACGAGCGCGAGCGCAACCGCGUCAAGCUGGUCAACCUGGGCUUCGCCACCCUUCGGGAGCACGUCCCCAACGGCGCGGCCAACAAGAAGAUGAGCAAGGUGGAGACGCUGCGCUCCGCCGUCGAGUACAUCCGCGCGCUGCAGCAGCUGCUGGACGAGCACGACGCGGUGAGCGCCGCCUUCCAGGCGGGCGUCCUGUCGCCCACCAUCUCCCCCAACUACUCCAACGACAUGAACUCCAUGGCCGGGUCGCCGGUCUCAUCCUACUCGUCGGACGAGGGCUCCUACGACCCUCUCAGCCCCGAGGAGCAAGAACUGCUCGACUUCACCAACUGGUUCUGAGGGGCUCGGCCUGCUCAGGCCCUGGUGCGAAUGGACUUCGGAAGCAGGGCCACCGCGCAACCUGCAUCUUUCGUGCUUUCUCGUCAGCGAUGUUGAAAGGGAGAAAAAGGAAGAAAGAAGAAGAAGAAGAGAAUAAGAAGAAAACAAACAAAUCCAGGCAACCAACCCCUAUGCCAACUAAGCGCCGCGUGCCUGAGAAGCAAGGCUCUCGCAAAACAGGAAUGCGCUCAGAACAGUAUCUGCGCACUCCAGUCAUUCACGGAGAUAGAAAGAGUGACUAGGACCCGAGUCAAUGCACAAAAUGCAGCUUGUGUGCAAAAACAGCGGGCUCCUGGCGGAAGGGAGCAGCACACGCCCUGUAGAAACUCCCACCCACCACUAACAGGCAGAGCUGACCUCCCCGCCCCCUCUGAAAGCGCAGUUCUUAGCCCUCUAGAAAUGGGUUGGUGUCUUUCGUCUCUGUAUCCUCCAUCCCGAUAAGCUGUGGACAUUUGUCUGCAGUGAAAGUAUGCUCUUUGAAACCCCAAUCCUCUGCAGGAGGGGGGGGUCCCUCCCCAAGCUCCACUCCCUCACACCAUUUUUCUACUUUUUUUAUCAUAGAAUGCUUCCAAUCUUUUGUGAAUUUUUUUUAUUAUAAGAAAAAUCUAUUUGUAUCUAUCCUAACCAGUUUGGGGAUAUAUUAAGAUAUUUUUGUACAUAAGAGAGAGAGAAAAAAUUUAUAGAGUUUUGUACAAAUGGUUUAAAAUGUGUAUAUCUUGAUACUUUAACAUGUAAUGCUAUUACCUCUGCAUAUUUUAGAUGUGUAGUUCACCUUACAACUGCCAUUUUCCCUAUGUGGUUUUGUAAAGAACUGUCCUCAUAGGUGAGAUCAAAAGGCCACCAGAUGUACUUCAGCACCAAUGUGUCUUACUUUAUAGAAACUUUGUUAAUGUAUUAAUGAUGUUAUUAAAUACUGUUCAAGAAGAACAAAGUUUAUGCAGCUACUGUCCAAACGCAAAGUGGCAGCCAGUUGGUUUUGAUGGGUUGCCUUUUGGGAAAUUUCUAUCACUGCCUUUUUUUUUUUCUUACUGUUUUAUUACAAACUUACAAAAAAAAAACCCAUGUAUAACCCUGUUUUAUACAAACUAGUUUCAUAAUAAAACUUUUUCUUUUUUUACAAAUGAAAA